CAACUCGAUGUCGGAACCACACCCCCGUGCAGACCAUGCAACUCGGAUAACGCACAUCGAAAUAUGUAUUGUCGGUAUGGGGCCGCGAGGUACGAGUACAUUCGAACGUCUCCUCGCUUCUGCACCGGAAUUGCUCCCGACAAAUGUACGAUUGACAAUACAUGUUGUUGAUCCGUACUCGCCAGGACCCGGACAUAUUUGGCGCACCAGCCAAUCGUCAAAUUUGUUGAUGAACACUGUAGCAUGUCAGGUAACUUUAUUCACCGACCCUACCGUGGCAUGCUCAGGUCCAAUUCGAGAGGGUCCAAGUUUAAUCAAGCCAAAUGACUAUCCAACGCGCGCCCUCCAACAACUUGGAAAGAUCACGGAAGGAGUGGAGGUAGAAAUGCACGCUGAACGUGCUAUCUCCCUCAAAGAUGAACCCUCCGGACUCCAGGCCCUCACCCUCUCUUACGGUCAUACAAUAUCCGGUCUCUCUAGCAUUAUUCUCGCUCAAGGUCACCUACCGCUACACCGAAAUAUUAAGCAGAUACAAUUGUCCAACCAUACCAAGGGAAAUAACUUACUAUACUUUCCACCUUCUAAUCCAGCUGAUGUUGAUCUUUCAUCUAUCACUGCAGGCGAGUCGGUCCUCUUGCGCGGCCUUGGUCUCUGCUUCUUUGACUACAUGUCAUUGUUGACAAUUGGUCGCCUCCGUUAUUAUCCCUCAGGUUUCGAGCCAUGUUUGCACGCCUCUUCUCGACGAGGUAUUCCCUACCACUCUCGUGGUGACAAUCAGAAGGGGGCAUUCGGUCGUAGAUACCCAAUCCACCUCACGGGUGAGCGCAUUGCGAGACUCCGUAAAAGUGCAGACGCUGGCAAUGCCCCGGACUUUAGAAGGGAUAUAUGGCCACACAUCGCUAAAGAUGUUGAGCUAGUCUACUAUGAGUGCUUGGUCGGACACGAGAACCACAAAUUUCGGAGCCGGUUCCUGGAGGCGCAACGAGGAAACGGUGCUACCGAGGGCCAAGUUCUAGAUGAAUUCAACGUCCCCGAAAGCAAGCGCUGGUCCUGGAGCCAAAUUUCACAGCCCUAUGGCGAGCGUACCUUCUCGGCGCCUAACAAAUGGAAGUCGUGGCUACUCAGAUAUCUUGACUCGGAUGUCAAAGAGGCCAAACUCGGAAAUGUUCAAGGACCUAUAAAAGCUGCACUAGACAUGCUGCGCGACUUGCGCAAUGAGAUACGGCAGCUUGUAGACCAUGGAGGGCUAUCAGGCGACUCGCAACAACAUGACCUAGAUGGUUGGUACACAUCGCUAAACGCGUUCCUAUCCAUAGGCCCGCCUCGAAAACGUAUCGAGCAGAUGAUCGCAUUGAUAGAGGCAGGUGUGCUCAAUAUUCUCGGUCCGGAACUAGAGGUUUGUGAAACAGAUAGAGCGUGGCUCGCACGAAGCCGUAAGGUGUCGGACUCUACGGUUCGGAUAACCACACUCAUAGAUGCCCACAUUCCUCAACCAAACCUCAAACACACAGAUGAUGAACUCCUGUCAUCUCUCCUGAAAACGGGUCAAUGCCGACCACAUACCGUCGAAGGUUACGAAACUGGAGGGUUAGAUGUGACGUCCAGCCCGUAUAAUCCGAUUGAUUCUCGAGGCCGAGCACAUGACCGACGGUUUGUUCUUGGUGUUCCUACGGAAGGUGUCCACUGGGUGACAGCAGUCGGAGCUAGACCAGGGGUGAAUUCAGUCUUCCUUCAAGAUACUGAUGCGGUGGCGCGAGCUGCGCUAUGUCGUGGGAGGGCCGAUGUCGAAACCUGA